AUGGCGGCAGAGACUGGAGGGACAUGGCCACAAACCCAGGGAGCCGCCAGCUCCAGGAGCUGGAAGGGGCAGGAAAGUCCUCCCCUGGAGCCUCCAGAGAGAGAGCACGUCCCUGCCACACCCCGAUGUCAGACUUCUGGCCUCCGGAAUCUUUACGAGCUCGACGGGGACCCCAAAAGGAAGGAAUUCCUGGACGACUUGUUCAGCUUCAUGCAGAAGCGAGGGACACCUGUGAACCGCAUCCCCAUCAUGGCCAAGCAGGUGCUCGACCUGUUCAUGCUGUACGUGCUGGUGACGGAGAAGGGCGGACUCGUGGAGGUCAUCAACAAGAAGCUGUGGCGUGAGAUCACCAAGGGCCUCAACCUGCCCACGUCCAUCACCAGCGCUGCCUUCACCCUGCGCACCCAAUACAUGAAGUACCUGUACCCCUAUGAGUGUGAGAAGCGAGGUCUCAGUAACCCCAACGAGCUCCAGGCAGCCAUCGACAGUAACCGGCGGGAGGGCCGGCGCCAGAGCUUUGGGGGCUCUCUGUUUGCCUACUCGCCGGGUGGGGCCCAUGGCAUGCUCUCCUCACCCAAGCUGCCUGUGUCUUCCUUGGGCCUGGCCACCAGCACCAACGGCAGCUCCAUCACCCCAGCCCCUAAGAUCAAGAAAGAGGAGGACUCAGCCAUCCCCAUCACGGUCCCUGGCCGCCUGCCCGUCUCCCUGGCGGGCCACCCUGUGGUGGCUGCCCAGGCAGCGGCCGUACAAGCAGUGGCCGCCCAGGCAGCUGCCCUGGAGCAGCUUCGGGAGAAGCUGGAGUCUGGGGAGCCUCCGGAGAAGAAGAUGGCCCUGGUAGCUGAUGAGCAGCAGCGGCUGAUGCAGCGAGCUCUGCAGCAGAACUUCCUGGCCAUGACCGCCCAGCUGCCCAUGAGCAUACGGAUCAACAGCCAAGCCUCUGAGAGCCGCCAGGACUCAGCUGUGAACGUGACCGGCAGCAACGGCAGCAACAGUAUUAGCAUGUCUGUGGAAAUCAACGGCAUCGUGUACACAGGAGUGCUGUUUGCUCAGCCGCCAGCCCCAGCACCAUCCUCAGCUCCCAGCAAAGGCGGUGGCAUUGGUGGCAGCAGCGGCAGCAACACGGGUGGCCGGGGAGCAAGCGGCGGGACCGGUGGCAGUGCGGGCAGCCAGGCACCCCCCACAUCUUCUACCUCAAAUAACUCGUUGCCUUAACCACGUCCCUCUCCACCUGCCACCUCCCCUGGGAGCCUGCCAGCCUGGGCAGGGGGUCAAGGCGGGCCACACAGGGGCCAGGACGGCAGAAGAUACGGGUGGGGGGCGACAUCCGCAGAGGAGCCACAGCUGAAGCCAAAAAGAAAAGAAAAUAUAUAUACACACAUAGAGAGAGAGAAAAUUUAAUAAAACAGGGGAAACCAAGGAACACUUGAAUUUCUCAGGUUUCGGACAUUCAGAGAUGGAUUGUGAGAAGAGCCAAGAAGAGCAGAACACAGAGAGGCAGACGUCGCCUGGGGGCCACCGCCCUGGGGACAGGAAGGCUCUGGUGUCUGGUUCGGACCAGCUGCAAUGUCAGGCCAAUGCUGUUUACCUCAUACAUCCCUGCACUGUGUGUUUCCAUUUUUGUCAGGUUUUUAUUAUUUUUCUUUUGUUUUCUAUUCCUCACGCCCACCACACCUGAGCUCCUUGUGUUGAAUGAAACCCCUGAGCCAAGA